AUUUUUUCUAAAAUCCGGUAUACGCAUUGUUCCAUAAAAGAGAAAUAUCAAAAUAAAAAACCUUGUUCAAAUCAAAAAACCUUGUUCUGUUUCUGUCUCAAUACAAAAACACUCUCAGAGAAAGCAAAUAAAAUAGACAAAAAGGGAUAAAGAAAAACCCUAGAAAGCUUCUCUCAAGAAUUCAAGCAUCAAUAUAGCAUAGGCAGAUUCUGAAGUUGAUUGUUGAGUGUGGAAAAACUGUUAAUUUAUUUGGAAGGUGGUUGCUGUGAAAGGAUUACUAGUGAAGUUUCUGAAUUUGUGAAUAUGGGUGCUGCUUACGAACAAAGUGGUAAUGUUUUUCUUGCGCCUAUUGAAACUUCUAGAAAGAGGAAAACUAGGAGUAGAGGAAAAGGUACAAGAUCUGUGGCUGAGACUAUUGCAAAGUGGAAGGAAUACAAUGAGCAUAUUUAUGCUGCUGCUGGUAAAGAUGAUGCUAAACAGAAGCGGAAAGCACCGGCGAAAGGAUCAAAGAAAGGUUGUAUGAAAGGUAAAGGAGGACCUCAAAACUCAGAGUGUAAUUAUAGAGGUGUUAGACAGAGGACUUGGGGGAAAUGGGUUGGUGAAAUCAGGGAACCAAAUAGAGGCAAAAGACUUUGGUUAGGUACUUUUUCUACUGCUCAAGAAGCUGCUCUUGCUUAUGAUGAAGCUGCUAGAGCUAUGUAUGGUCCUUCUGCACGUCUUAACUUCCCUCAUGUAUCAGAUUAUAGUUCUAUUAAGGAGUCUUUGAAGGAAUCGACCGCUGCUAGCUAUUCUUGUUCUUCAGUUGCAACUACUCCUGCAACAUCUGAGAUAACAACUGUAUCUAGUCAUUCUGAUGUUUUUGCUGUUGAGGAUGUUAAGGAGAUACCAAAACCUGUCAAUAUGAAAAAUGAUAAUACUGUUGCUGUUUAUCGCGAGGUUUAUGAAGCUAGCUCUCCAAUUAGUAGAAUGAAGCAAGAGCCUAAAGAUGAGCCUGCUGAUAUUAUAGACCCUGGAGGUGGGGAAAUCCAAGACGGAAAAUCAGAAGGAAAUCAAACACAGACACUAACACAUGAUGUACAGAUUGGAGAGGGUGUAUGUAAUGGCCAGAUGGAUCUUUCAUGGAUUGAUGACUUUGACUUCAAUGGUGAUUACUUGAAGAGCUUUUCAAUGGAUGAGUUAUUUCAGGUGGAUGAGCUCUUGGGGCAUAUAGAUAACAAUCCAAUUGAUGAAUCUGGGUUGGUGCGAAGUUUGGAUUUUGGACAAAUGGGUUUUCCUGAACAAAGUAAUCCUCAGGUUGGGACUUCUUCAAGCUUCUUUUAUGAAUUGGAAAAUCCAGAUGCUAAACUGUUGGGAAGUUUGCCCCAUAUGGAACACACAACAUCUGGUGUUGAUUAUGGAUUAGAUUUCUUGAAAACAGAAGAACCAGGGAACUUUAAUAUUGGAGUGGAAGAUACACCAUUUCUUAAUUUGGAUUAUGAUAUGAAUCAUGAUAUGAGUCAUGAUUCAAGAGGAAUCUAAGGUGGGAAGAAUGGUUGCAGAAUACUUCAUGCUUGUCGUUUGUCUCUUGGAUUUGUUCUCCUUUUAGCUUUAUAGGUGCAUAAAACAUAUACGAAAUAUGUGUCUUCUUUAUGUUUGUUUUUUCUUUUAAAUAUGCUAAUUCUCUAUAGGGUUUUUUUUUAAAAUGGGGAAUUUAGCUGACAAAAUUUGUUCAUUUUUUUCGUUUACUUUGUUUUCUGGUUUUAAUUAGGACUGCCUUAAAACUCAUGUACAGUACUUUAUAAGUCUAAUACAGCAUCUUGAGCACUGAUUUUGACCUUA